AAAAUUAGUAUCAUUAUAAUUAUAGUUAUAUAAAAUUAAAGUGAGAUGAACUUUAAUGACUUAAAAAAGGUUUGGGCUCCAGAUGGAAGAGAUGGAUUUAAGUUGGGCAAAGUGAUUGAUAUAGGGAGUGACUCGAUCUCUAUUGAAAUAACAGGAAGUAAUGGAAAAGUAGUGAAAGCUCCGUAUAAAAGAGUGUUUGCAGCUGAGGAUGACAAUGAAAAAGAUUAUAAUGAUAAUUGUGCGUUGAUGUAUCUUAAUGAAGCCACCUUGCUUCACAAUUUAAGGUUACGAUACAAAAAGGACAAAAUUUAUACUUAUGUUGCAAACAUCUUGAUUGCUGUCAAUCCAUACCAUGAUCUGUCUAACUUUUACUCCAAAGAUGUCAUUACGAAGUAUAAGGGAAAAUCCCUUGGUGUUCUUCCACCACAUGUAUAUGCAAUAGCUGAUAAAGCACACCGUGAUAUGAAAGUAAUGAAGCAAAGCCAGUCAAUCAUAGUUAGUGGUGAAAGUGGAGCUGGAAAAACUGAGUCUACAAAAUAUAUCCUUAGAUAUCUGACUGAAACUUGUGGUCAUAGUGGAACAGGAAAUAUCGAAAAAAGAAUUGUUGAAGCAAACCCAUUGCUAGAAGCAUUUGGUAAUGCAAAAACACUUCGAAACUUGAAUUCCAGUCGAUUUGGCAAAUAUGUUGAGGUCCAUUUUUCAGACAAGGCACAGUUAGUUGGUGCUUUUAUUUCACAUUAUCUCUUGGAAAAAUCAAGAGUUUGUCGUCAGAGUCCAGGAGAAAGGAACUAUCAUAUAUUUUACAGAAUGUGUGCAGGAGCGCCAAGUGACAUGAAGUCUGCUUUGCACCUAUCUGAUGCAAGCAAAUUCAAUUACUUAAAUAAAGGAUCCAUGAAAGAACCAGGUAUUAAUGAUGUAGCUGAUUUUCAACAACUUGAUAAUGCCAUGAAUGCAGUAGGGCUUACAAUGAGUCAAAAAGCAGACAUCUAUCGAGUUGCUGCAGCUGUUUUACAUCUUGGUAAUAUCGAAUUUCAAGAAAGCACCAAGGACAAAAAAGGAGGUAGUGAGCUAACACCUGCGUCAGAAAGAGUUGCUGCUGAUGUUGCAAAAUUGCUUGGUGUGCAACCCAAUGAGAUUUCUAUGGCCCUAACAACUCGAGUAAUGAUGACCAGUAAAGGAGGUGGAAUGGGAACCCUGUAUAAGAUUCCUCUUAAACCGGAACAAGCUGCUGCUGGACGAGAUGCUUUAGCCAAGUCAAUAUAUUCUAAGCUGUUUGAUCAUAUUGUGACCUGUGUCAAUCAAUGUUUUCCUUUCAAGUCAUCACAAAAUUACAUCGGUGUGCUUGACAUUGCUGGGUUUGAGUUCUUUGAAGUGAAUAGUUUUGAGCAGUUUUGUAUCAACUACUGCAAUGAGAAACUGCAACAAUUUUUCAAUCAAAGGAUUUUAAAAGAGGAACAAGCGUUGUAUGACAAAGAAGGACUAGGCGUAAAAAAUGUAACUUACGUUGAUAAUCAAGAUUGCAUUGACCUUUUUGAAACUAAACAUUCUGGUAUUAUGGAUUUGCUCGAUGAAGAAAUGAAGUUUCCUGCACCUAGUGAAACUCAUUUCACAACAGAAGUUCAUUCUAAGAACAGUAAACAUUUCCGAUUAGCUAUACCUCGCAAAUCUCCAUUAAGCAUUCAUAGAGCUGUGAGAGAUGAUCAAGGAUUUUUGAUCAGACAUUUCGCUGGAGCAGUAUGUUAUCAAACGGCUGGCUUUCUGGAUAAAAACAACGAUGCCCUUCAUGAUAGCUUAGAGCAAAUGAUGCUUGAAUCUUCUGAUCCAUUUGUAAAAUCACUUUCACCUCCUUCAAAGGCUUCCAAUAUGAAGAGUAAAAAACUAGCGUUUGAAAGUGUUGGAAAGAAAUUUAGGGAUCAGCUGAAUCUUCUUAUGAGCAAGUUAAAGAAUACAGGUUCCAACUUCAUUCGGUGCAUAAAACCGAACGAUGAAAUGAAGAGGGGAGAUUUUGAAGGUGGACAGAUUUUAAGUCAAUUGCAAUGUGCUGGGAUGGUAUCAGUUCUUGAACUCAUGCAGGAAGGUUUUCCAUCUAGAACUGCAUUUAGUGAUCUUUACAACAAGUAUAAAUCUUUUCUUCCACCCAAAUUGGCAAGACUAGACGCAAGAACGUUUUGUCAAGCAUUGUUUCGUGCAGUUGGAAUGGAUGAUGAUGAUUUCAAAUUCGGAAUGACAAAAGUAUUUUUCCGACCUGGAAAGUUUGCAGAGUUCGAUCAAAUCAUGCGCUCAGACCCUGAAGCACUUAACGCGCUGGUUUCAAAAGUGUUAAAAUGGAUUAUUCGAAAUCGUUGGAAAAGGGCGAUUUGGUGCGCUGUGUCUGUUCAAAAAUUGGCAAAUAAGAUCAAAUUUCGUCGUGAAAUGUUAAUUCGUAUACAGAAAACUGUCAAGAUGUUCAUUGCUAUCCGAAAACAUCAACCUAGGUAUAAGUGUUUGGUGAAAAUGAGGAUGCUGGAAGUACAAAUAGAACAAAUGAUGCAACUGGUCUCUUCAUUAAAGAAAGACAAAGACAAAUUCAUCCAGGAAGUCAAAUUGUUGAAACAAGCUGUUGAUAAAUCCAUCAAACAAAUUAAGUGCACGGUGAUGAAGCAGAAAGAUUUGGAUGUAACAUACCAUCAACUUGUCAAGCAAACAGCAGACUUACUGAAACAUUUGCAAAGUCAAAAGGCUGCGCAGCAAGAGCAAGAACGAAUGCGAAAAAUUCAAGAGGAGAUGGAAGCUGAAAAAAGAAAGCGUGAAGAAGAACAACGAAAAAAAGAAGAAGAAGAGCAACGUCGGAAAGAGCGAGUGGCUGAGGACGCCCGACUAAAGGCAGCCGCGGAGGAGGCGGAGAAGAAAAAGAAGAUCGAGGAAGAAAAAUCGAAGGCUCUUAUGGCUAAAUUGCAGCAAGAACAAGCUGACAAAGAAUUACAGAUGUCGCAACAGGAAGCCCAAGAACAACGUGAUUACGAGUUAGCACUCCGCUUAGCUGCUGACCCAGCCACAAUGGAAUCAGCUGAUCAAGUUCAAUUAAAAAGAAACAUACAAACGGAUAAUAAAAAUGACUACUUGAGAAAAUGGACAUACGCUGAACUGAGAGAUACCAUUAAUACUUCAUGCGAUCUGGAGUUACUGGAGGCUUGUCGAAUUGAAUUUCAUCGCAGGCUAAAAGUAUAUCAUGCUUGGAGAAAACGAAACAUGAAAAAAAAUACGCAUGCGCCAACACCACAACGGGCACCUGCUGACAUUAUCAGAAACAGUGAAAAUGAUGUGUCUGGUAUGAAUAAGAAUGCAACGAAAUCUUCUAAAGCUCAAAGAUUCUUUCGUGUCCCAUUUUCUAAACCAACGGAUCAUUUUCGUGAUCCUGAGUACAAGAAAACAGGAUGGUGGUAUGCACACUUUGAUGGAGAGUAUGUUGCACGUCAACUGGAAAUCCAUCACAAUGGUAUUCUCCUCCUGAUUGCUGGAAAAGAUGAUAUGGAUAUCUGUGAGUUGAGUCUAACGGAAACGAAGUUAGAAGCCAGACCGGGUGCUGAAGUUACGGCAGACGAGUUUAAUGACGUAUGGAAAAGUUACGGUGGUAAACUUGACCAGUCGUUUAAAGCAAAAAAAAGAUGAGGAAGUAGGAAUUAACAUAACACAUUUUAAAAAAAAAUUCAAACAAUCUUAUUUGAAAAUUUUUACUCUACGUAUGUAGAAUUUGCACUAAAAAAUACCCAAUUUUG